ACAUGGGCACCAAAAUUUGUUAUUGUUUUUGUUAAGGCACGCGGGAAUUGAAAAUGCGGUGCUAAAAUGUCCGGUUUUGUUAAGCGCCGUCGCGGGAUUACCAUAAAAGGUGCCCGACUUUCUCUUCACAGCGGUCAGUCUAUCGUCUCUUCCGGAAAUCCUUCCUUGGAUCACAUCUUCGGUGGCGGUUUCCCGGUGGGUUCGAUCAUCGGUUUGGAAGAAGAUAAGUAUGGAAAUUACGCACGAGUAUUGGCCAAAUACUUCCUGGCUGAAGGGGUGGUCAACGAUCACGCCUUGCUGUUGGCUUCGCUCGAGGAAGAUCCAGAUCAGCUGAUGCGAAAGCUUCCAACUCCAGUCGAAGAGAAGAGCCGAUCUUCUAAGGCCGUACCACCACCAUCGGCCGAUGGUAUGCGGAUCGCUUUCCGCUACAAUCAGCUAACGCCGGUUGAUUCGGAACAGAAAUCCUCUCAAUCACUAGGUCACUAUUUUGACCUAACAAAAGCGAUUGAUCCAACGACCCUGCUCGGGAAAGAUAUCACCUAUUGGAGUGGUAGUGAAGUGGCAAUGGAGCAAGAUGAGCCAACAACAACCACCAGUGGCCCCUUCGAAAGUUCCUAUUUUGCUUCGCUCCUAUCCUGCAUUCACCGUAAAGCACGCGAGCAACAGUUUACCCUGAACGCUACGGACGACACGAACAAGAACGUGCUACGGAUAUGCCUACAUUCGGUCGGUUCGCCGGUGUGGUACGAUCGUGGUUUCUCGAAAGAUUUCGUACACUUUCUCACCGUUCUUAAGGCGAUUGUACGCAACACCCUGUCGGUGUGUUUCAUCACCAUGCCGUACCAUCUUUUCCACCAUCUAGAGGACAGUCAUCUUUGUGCCAAGUUGACGAAUCUUUGCGAUUACUCCUUCGGACUUGAGGCUUUCGUCGGGCAGGCGGAAGAGCAAGCGAAUCCGUUGUUCAAAGAGUAUCACGGGCUGCUGAACAUUGGCAAAAUUACGGCCCUUAACUCAUUGGCCCCGUUUACCCCGGAAACACGGGACUUGGCGUUCAAGUUGAAGCGUAGCAAGUUUGUUAUCGAAAAACUACACCUUCCCCCCGAUCUGGCAGCUGAAGAUGGGCAAAGUUCCUCUACCAUUGUGCCUACGAUGAGUUGCUCCGGUGGUGGAGUCAAGAGUAAACUGGACUUUUGAUGUCUUCGAAUAAACGCAUUAUUUGAAUGGAAUAUCCUGUCGAUGUUUGGCGUACUCCUUCGGUUGAAUGUAUGAUUCGCGAAGUGUCGGCACCGGAAUCGGGGUGGGCAGGUCGUGC